UUGCAUUCAGUAAUCUCGAAUCGCUGCUCAUGUGAAAAUGUUUGAGGCAGUCUUCCUAGUCGCGAUUAGUGCUAUUGUUGUUCUAUGUUGGGUUCUGUAUGGGAUUCGAUAUGAGCGCCUUGUCAAGCACAUCGACCAUCAGUUUUCUGGGCCACAAUCCUGGCCAGUUGUGGGCAACCUAUCACAGAUGGGCAUGAGCCCAGACGCCCAUUUAAGAAAUCUCUUAAAAUGGUAUAAACAAUACAAUUACAAAAACUUUCGCAUCUGGAUGGGCCCAAUGCCCUAUGUGCUAUUCAUAGAGUGCAAAUAUGUAGAGCACGUUUUAAGCAGCACUGCUCUGACGUACAAACAAGAUCCAUAUACGUUGCUCUACCCCUGGCUGGGCAGUGGCCUGCUCACCGGGAAUGGCCAUCAUUGGGCGGUGCGGCGCAAGCUAAUAACGCCCUCAUUUCACUUCCGCAUCCUUAAGGACUUUCUGCACAUUAUAAACACGACGAGCAAUCGUUUCAUGAAGCUGCUGGAACAGGAGUCAGACGCAUCGCAGGGCCAAGUGAUGGAUAUGCAGCGGCUAGUCUCUAGACUUACCAUCGAUGUCAUUUGCGAGACCGCAAUGGGCACUCGAGUUAACAGCAUUGAGGGACGACCAUCGCCGAUUGUGGGUGCCAUCGAUGAUCUUUGCCACAUCAUACCCGAGCGUGUGUUCUCGAUAUUUAAGCGCUUGGAUUGGUUUUUUAAAUUUACAUCGUUAUAUAGGAUACAUCAGCAGGCUCUGAACACACUGCAAGUCGAGUUCGCUCAGAUCAUUGAGCAGCGUCGUCGCUUGAUUCAAACUUCAAACUACCAAGCGGCGCAGUCGGACGAUGAGCUACUGGACGCCAAGCGACCUAAAAUGGCAUUCUUAGAUAACCUAAUAACCGCCAAAGUAGAUGGAAAAUCUUUAACAUUCCAGGACAUCUUUGAGGAAGUUUCCACAUUCAUGUUUGAGGGUCAUGAUACUACCGCUUCAGCCAUUACAUUUUCCAUCUGGUGCAUGGCCAGGGCACCGGAUGUACAACAACGCGCCCAUGAGGAGCAAGUCAUCCUGUACGGCAAUGAAAAGGAGCGUGAGCCCACAUACGAGGAGCUGCAGGACAUGAAGUAUUUGGAUUUGGUCAUCAAGGAAACAUUGCGUUUGUUUCCCAGUGUGCCAUUCAUAUUUCGAACGGCCCGCGAGCCAAGUGUCAUAAUUGACAAAUACGUGCCCCAGGGCACGACCAUUGCGCUGCCUAUCAUGGCCAUUGGGCAUAGCCCGCACAGCUUUGAAGAGCCCUUCGAGUUUCGGCCUGAGCGAUUCGAGGCCACUGAACGAACCCAGGCCAAUGCCUUUGACAAUGUGCCAUUCAGUGCGGGUCCAAGGAACUGCAUAGGUCAGAAGUUUGCGCUGCUUGAGCUGAAGGUGACGCUGUCUAAAUUGCUGCGCAGAUUCCGCAUUCUACCCGCACCCUUAGCUAAACAGACCAUUGCACAGGUCUUUAAUGCUAAUUAUAAGCCCGGGCCCCAAGAGUUGAAGCUACACAUGCCCAUUACUCUCAAGUCUUUAACAGGUGUGCCCGUGCGACUGCAAAGGCGAUGAAGUCAAAGCUCGGGCUUAGUUGGCCUCAUUUUUUUCUCAAAGCUUCUGUACUUUAUAUAUAUUUGCACGCUUCUAAAGGUUUCAUCACAAGUCGUAAUAUUCUACAUUGACCUACAAAGCUUAUCAGCUUCUGUGAGGCCUCGUCGUUAAGUGCCCAACUCUCUAAUUGUACUAAUCAGUGCAGCUCUCUCAGCGUUUUCUUUGAAGUUUCACGUAUAUACGAACAAUUAUUUAGCAUACUAUAUAUUAUAUAAGUGCGAUUUCCAAUUAGUUCUUAUUAAUUUCGCGGGUAAGGUGGAGGCGUGGUGUAAGGCAUCCAAAAAGUAAAAUGUGCUUGAUCUGUUUAUCGUA